ACUGUGUGGCUUUGUACACAGUAGUACAGUACAGCAGUUUUGAUUGACAAAAUUGAUGUGAACUUCAGGAAGGCCACACCACAAACAAGCCUCUAUCUCUGUCUCUCUCAAAAUCCCACUUUUCGAUCCUUUACCCUAUCGUCCACCUCUUUCUUUCUCUCUAUAUAUGUACACCCGCCUCUAUAUAUCUUUAACAAUACUUGUCAUAAAUCAGAAGAAAUGGAGUCAAGCCGUCAAAAGGUUGUGAUUUCGUUGGAGGAUAGUGACGAUGAAGUUGUGAUUUUGGUGGAUGAUACUAGAGUUGUGAUUUCAUUGGAUGACAGUGAAGAUGAGGUUCAGAUCUGCGAACCCUUUGAGACGAAGAAGAGAAAGCUCGAUGAAUCAGCCGUGGGUAAAACUCGGCGACAGAGAGAGUACGACAUGCUUGCGGAUUUGACUGACUACCCACACCUCGCUGCAAUGUUCGCAGCUGAGAAAAUCUGGAGACAGAAUAAAAAGAAAAAGAAUAAAAAGAAGAGAAACAAGAAGCAAAUGGUUGGAUUCGAAGCACAAAACCAGAAGGCUGAUGCCACAGAGGAAGAAAAUCAGGCACUUUCUUCUGAAGCUGUAAAAACAAUAGCAUUUAAGGCUUGUGAUGAAGCAAGGUCUGCAGAGGUAACUGAUCUCUCUUCCUUGUCUCCCGAGAAAGAUGAAGUAAUUGCAAAUCUGGGCAGCUCAGAUGCACUCAGAGAAAUGGUUCCGACAAAGGCGAUUGUAAGUGAAGAGUUGACAAGGAUCAAAGCACAAGAGACCGAUGCUGAUGCUACAGAAGAAGAAAAUCAGGCACACUCUUCUGAAGCUGUAAAAACAAUAGCAUUUAAGGUUUAUGAUGAAGCAAAGUCCGCAGAGGUAACUGAUAUCUCUUCCUUGUCUCCCGAAAAAGAUGAAGCAGCGACAAAUCUGGGCAGCUCAGAUGCACUCGGAGAAAUGGUGCCGACAAAGGUGAUGGUACGUGAAGAGUUGACAACGAUCAAAACACAAGAGACUGAUGCUGAUGCUACAGAGGAAGAAAAUCAGGCACACUCUUCUGAAGCAGUAAAAACAAUAGUAGCAUUUAAGGCUUUUGAUGAAGCAAAGUCUGCAGAGGUAACUGAUCUCUCUUCCUUGUCACCCGAAAAAGAUGAAGUAACUACAAAUCUGGGCAGCUCAGAUGGACUCAGAAAAAUGGUGCCGACAAAGGUGAUUGUAAGUGAAGAGCUGACAAGGAUCAAAGCACAAGAGAGUGAUGCUGAUGCUACAAAGGAAGAAAAUCAGGCACACUCUUACGAAGCUGUAAAAACAAUAGCAUUUAAGGCUUGUGAUGGUGCAAGGUCUGCAGGGGUAACUGUUCUCUCUUCCUUGUCUCUUGAAAAUGAUGAAAUAACUACAAAUCUGGGCAGCUUAGAUGGACUUGGAGAAACGGUGCUGACAAAGGCGAUUGUAAGUGAAGAGUUGACAAGGAUCAAAGCACAAGAGGGUGGUGUUGAAAUUGCUGAUGAAGAGAAGCAGGUAGACUCAAGUAAAGAUGAAGAAACAAAAUCAGUUGAGACAACUGAAAAUAUUGUGCUACGGAACCUUCUUCGUGGUCCAAGAUACUUUGAUCAUCCGGAAAGCAGCAGGGGAACAUGUUUCAGUUGUGGUGCAGAUGAUCAUAUAGCUGUGAACUGCAUAGUGAAAAAGCAGAAGAAACCUUGCUUUAUUUGUGGGGGUUUGGAGCACAUUGCGAAGCAAUGCAAACAGAGAAAGGCUUGCACUAUCUGUGGUGGAAGAGGCCACAUCAACAAGGAUUGUACGGAGAAACACCCAGCAACCAGUGGAAGCUCUAAAUUCUGUUUAAGAUGUGGGGAUUCAGGGCAUGAUAUGUUCUUGUGUAAUAAUGACUAUUCCCCAGAAGAUAUCAAGAAAAUACAGUGUUAUGUUUGCAAGGCUCUCGGCCAUCUCUGUUGUGCUGAAUUCAUUAAUGAGGGUCCAAAACAAGUUUCUUGUUACAAUUGUGGGCAGUCUGGUCAUUUGGGUUCUGGAUGCCCACGGUCUAUUUUUCGAUGCUUCAGGUGUGGAGAGGAAGGUCAUUAUGCCCGAAAUUGCACGAAUAUUGCCACGGCUAAACUGGGAACAGCUGAUUUAGCAACCUCUGAGAGGUUUCCCAAGGAAAAGAAAGGUACCAUAGGAUUAGGAUAUUCGACUAGUGAACUUGGAUCUCAUAAACUGGAAUACAAGAAAAGUACGAGUGUGGGUCAGUCUAGGUGGAUGCACGGGGGGAAUACCAUCCGACCACAAAACCUCUUUAAUGGAGAAGCCAGAGCAAAUGUUUGGUUGUCACCUGCAAUAUCUGCCAAAAUGAGUCAAGAGAUGCCUGCCUUUUCGGGAUUUCGCCAAGUUUCAGGUCCUCAAUAUCCUCAACACCAAGUUUCAGGUCCUCAACACCAAGCAUCAGGUCCUCAAUAUCCUCAACACCAAGUUUCAGGUCCUCAACACCAAGCAUCAGGUCCUCAACAUCCCCAGCACCUAGUUUCAGGUCCUCAACAUCCCCAGCACCAAGUAUCAGGUCCUCAGCAUCCCCAACACCAAGUUUCAGGUCAUCAACAAAAUGGAUUUCUCCAAGUUUCAGGCCCUCAAUAUCCUCAACAAAAUUUCAACCGUUACGCUGGGUCUCAGUGUUCACAGGCUUACCAGACAUAUCCUGUGUCGAGGCAUGAUGGUUCUUGAAGUGAAGGACAAACUACUUAUGUUAUGUUUGGAUCACCGAAUCGGUGUCUUGGAUUUGGAAUUGGAAUAAGUUUAGUUGAAAAUUUGUACUAAAUUUUCUCCAAUUCCAAAUUUAAGGUGUCGAUUCGGUGCCGCCAAACAUAUCAUUAGGGUUCUUUUCUAUUUAUGCAAUCUCUCUAUUAGAAAUAAAAUUUCAAAAUUACAGUAUUCCUCAUAAUAGGAAAUUUCUAGUGUUGUAACUUUUGUAAAAUAACCUGUCUUUAGCUGGUUGAUUUUAUUCUGGUUUUCUCUGUAGCCUGUAAUACUCUAUUAUAUGUCGUUCAAUAUGUCACGCUUGGGAAAGAAAGGAUUGAAGAAGGGAUUUUGUAAGCCAUUGGUGAUUAUGAAAUGCUCCAUCUCCGAUUAUCUA